AUGAAAACCUUGAGAAGAAACAAGGAGGGAAUCUAUAACACCGCUCAAAACUAUCACAGAAAGUUCUCAGCCAUCGCCAAGGGCGCUAGAGCUGACAGAUCUAGACACCAAGAAUGCCUUGUUUUGGUGGAGAUAAGGGACACUUAUACUCCACUUCUGCAUCAAAUCUUGCAAAGCUGUGCAAGAACAGGUGAACCCAUGGAAGACAUGUAUGCAAAAUGUGGUAGCAUUAAAGAAGCUUACUAUGUGUUUCGAGGUAUGGAUGAGACAAACACUGUGUUAUGGAAUACCAUGAUUUCUGGGUUUGCUAGACAUGCUUGCUCCCUAGAGGUGAUGAUCUUAUUUGAGAAAAUGCAGCAGAUGGGUAGGUUCCCAAGUGAAGUAACGUAUGUUUCUGUAUUAACUGCUUGUAGUCAUAUGGGAUUGAUUGAAAGUGGAAGGAAAUACUUCAACCUCAUGAUAACAGAACACAAUGCGUCACCUACUGUUGUUCACUAUACAUGCAUGGUUGAUCUUUUUGGUCGGUCAGGAUUGUUGUUUGAAGUCUAUAAUUUGAUAGAGGAAAUUCCAUUUGAUGCUACUGCUUCCAUGUGGGAUUCACUGUUGGCUUCUUGUAGGAUCCAUGGAAAACUUCACUUGGCUGAGGUAGCAGCUAAGCAUUUGUCUGAGAUAGAACCUAAUAAUGCCGGAAACCAUAUUCUGCUGUCAAACAUUUAUGCAGCAAAUAAGAAAUGGGAUGAAGUUGCAAGAACAAGGAAACUUCUUAAAGAAAGUGAGUUGAAGAAGGAGAGAGGGAAGAGUUGGAUUGAAAUCAAGGACAAAGUUCAAUCAUUUAUGGUCGGAGAGUUUCGCAUGUUAGAAUUGCUGGGAUAUACUCAAAAUUGGACUGUUUGA